AUGCAAAAAAUACAAGGCAACGUGGAUGACGUGCUUUCUCGAAACGAUAUUCGGGACGAUGAAAAAGGUAAACGAUACUUUCAGUUGCAAAACAGAUACCUGUCUUUUAAAGAACAAUUGAAUACAAGAACACGACCGGAAGAAAUAAUCAGCACUGUUCCAGACUUAACAUCAAGGACACAAGAUUCUUCGACAGCAACGACAGCAUUCUCCACUGCCCUCAACCCCUUUAAUGUAACACCUGAAUUAACACAAGCGGCUAUCUCUCAAAAACCUGACAAAGAAAGCCUCACUCCUCCACCCCCCUUAAGUCCUGCUUUCCUGACCCCUCCUCCCACAGUAGAAACCCCAUCACAACAAGGCCCGAAGCGCAAAAGGCGUCGGAUUCAAUUUGUAAAUUAUUUGGAUGAUCAUAAAGCUCAUGCCAAACGGCUGAGGAAACGUCCACUCGGCAUAAGAAAUUCAAACCUUACAAGUACUCCAUGGGCGAAGAAGAUGAAGAUUAAUUAA